UAUGUGGGGUGAUGCCCGCGGGGCACGGACCCCACUGGGGGUACACGGACCCCACUCGCACCAACUCAGCCCGGGGAGCCCCUGGGACCCCCCUGACCCCACCUCAGCCCUGGGAGCCCCCCCAGACCCUCCCUCGCUCACCCCCUGCCCUGGGGUCCCCCCUCCCCUAGGAUGGUUCAGCCCCCCCUUAACCCCCCCUCAGGGAAUGGUUCCUCCCCGCCCACCUGGACACCCCUCAGCGAUGGUACAUCCUCCCCCCUCCGUCCCCCGCCUCAGUGGUACAGCCCAAGCUCCCCCGGCGCUCAGCCUAACUUGCUAGGUGCCGCUGCGGCUUGCGAUUGGUCAGCUGGCGAGAGGGGGCGGAACGGAGAGCUGCGAUUGGACGAAACAGCGCGGGAGGCGGGGCCGCGGGCCCGGGGCGGGCAGGGUUGGUUGCGCGGCGCGGCGGCGGGUCGGGCGCUGUGAGGGGAGGCAGGAAAAUGGCGCUGACGCAGGGCACGAAGCGCAAAGUCUGCUACUACUACGAUGGGGAUGUUGGGAAUUAUUAUUAUGGCCAAGGACACCCCAUGAAACCCCACAGGAUCCGCAUGACCCACAACCUCCUGCUCAACUAUGGCCUCUACAGGAAGAUGGAGAUCUAUCGUCCCCACAAGGCCAAUGCAGAGGAGAUGACCAAGUACCACAGCGAUGAUUACAUCAAAUUCCUGAGGUCCAUCCGCCCUGACAACAUGUCUGAGUACAGCAAGCAGAUGCAGAGAUUUAAUGUUGGGGAGGACUGCCCUGUGUUUGAUGGGCUCUUUGAGUUCUGUCAGCUCUCUGCUGGAGGCUCUGUUGCCAGUGCUGUGAAGCUGAACAAGCAGCAGACAGACAUUGCAGUGAACUGGGCUGGAGGUCUCCACCACGCCAAGAAAUCAGAAGCCUCUGGGUUCUGCUACGUCAACGACAUCGUGCUGGCCAUCCUGGAGCUGCUCAAGUACCACCAGCGAGUGCUGUACAUUGACAUCGACAUCCACCACGGGGAUGGGGUGGAGGAAGCUUUUUACACCACAGACAGGGUCAUGACCGUGUCCUUCCACAAAUAUGGAGAAUAUUUCCCAGGAACUGGGGACCUGAGGGACAUUGGGGCAGGCAAAGGGAAAUAUUACGCUGUCAAUUAUCCCCUGCGGGACGGCAUCGACGACGAGUCCUACGAAGCCAUUUUCAAACCUGUGAUCUCCAAGGUGAUGGAGACGUUCCAGCCCAGCGCUGUCGUCCUGCAGUGUGGCUCUGAUUCCCUGUCUGGGGACAGGCUGGGCUGCUUCAACCUCACCAUCAAAGGCCAUGCCAAGUGUGUGGAGUUUGUGAAGAGCUUUAACCUGCCCAUGCUGAUGCUGGGAGGAGGGGGGUACACGAUCCGCAACGUGGCGCGCUGCUGGACCUACGAGACUGCUGUGGCUCUGGACACUGAGAUCCCCAAUGAACUUCCAUACAACGACUACUUUGAGUACUUUGGGCCAGACUUUAAGCUCCACAUCAGCCCCUCCAACAUGACCAACCAGAACACCAACGAGUACCUGGAGAAAAUCAAGCAGAGGCUCUUUGAGAACCUGAGGAUGCUCCCUCACGCUCCUGGCGUCCAGAUGCAGCCAAUUCCUGAGGAUGCUGUCCAGGAGGACAGCGGGGAUGAGGAGGAGGACGAUCCUGAAAAACGCAUCUCAGUCCGAAAUUCCAACAAGAGAAUUUCCUGUGACGAGGAAUUCUCAGACUCUGAGGAUGAGGGCGAGGGAGGGCGCAAGAACGUGGCCAACUUCAAAAAAGCCAAACGUGUGAAGGCAGAGGAGGAGAAGGAGGAGCAGGAGAAGAAAGAUGAGAAAGAAGAGGAAAAAGCAAAAGAGGAAAAAGCAGCAGCAGCAGCAGCAACAGCAGCAGAGCCCAAAGGGGUGAAGGAAGAGACAAAAUCCACCUGAGUGGCUGCAGCUGCUGUGGCUUUGGCUCCUGGGCUGCCUCCUCCCUGCAGGAUUUCUAUUUUCUAGAUGUUUUCUGUAUAUAUUUCUAUAUAAUUGUACAAAUGACUGGAGAACUGUAAAUUAUUCCUGGCUGCAGCCCUGGGAGCAGCCCAGCUCUGGUGCCCAGGGAGUUUCACCCUUUGCCUUCCACUUCCCUCCUUGGUGUGGCUCUAAAAACACAAAAAUCACUUCCUCCCCUCACCUUUCUCCAAAAUAACCUUGGAAAAAAAUAAUUGAAGUAGAAGUAGUGUCUGCAUUUCAGGUUAGGUGGAAAGAUGGCCAUCAAUUCUUGGUUUUUUUGGAAUUUAUUUCCUUUUUUUUUUGCUGGUUUUAAUGGGAAAAUUCCCAAACGAAGCCUGGGAGAGACUUUUGUGGUUUCCAGUUAGAUUCCACCAAGAGAAAAAACACAAAAAAACCAAAAUCCUGCCCAGCUGGUGCCACUUCUCAGGGUCAGAAUUGUGCAGUUCUUGAACAGAGUUGGCUCCUCCCUGCAGCAAACUUGGGGAAAGAGGUGAAGCAGCUGAAAAGAAACCUGAAAAAUUCCCUUUUUUUGUUGUGUUUUUGCUUUAUUUUUUAAAGUGAAGCAGCCCCAGAUCUGGAAAUUAUAAAAUUUUAAAAUGGAAAUCACCCUCAGGGGGUGGCUCAGCUUUCCAAGAUGUGGAUCCAGGGAUUGUGGCAGCGUUUGCUGCAGCUCCAGGGAGGAGAGGGCUGGGAUUUUUUACUGGGUUUUUAUUCCCUUCUCUGGCUGGGGAGAAAAUUCCUCCCCUUUUGGCUUCAUUUUUCUCCUGAAAGCCCAGAAAUGCCUCAAAGCCAGCCCAGAGCCCGGCUGCCAUCUUUUCUUCAUGUGUGUCCUUUAAAAAAUUUUUAAAACCCAAUUUUUUCCUGAUUUUUAAGCCAAGUUUUCCAACUGAAUUCCCCUCCCAAGGCCGGUAAAUCCCAAAUUUUUAAUCCUGCUGGAACAGCAGAUGGGGCUCUGAGCAUCUCCCACACCAUCCUCACCCUCAAAUCUCCUCUGGGACCUUUUUCCCUCUCCUUUUUUACAGCAUGGACUGAAAAAAAAAAAACCAA